AUGUACUUCAGGCUUCAGGGACUUUACCGCGCAGACCAGGACCGCCGUCUGCCAGGGAGGGACCACAGCCCCGCUGGCUGGCUGCUAAUCUGCCCGUUUACCCAUGUCUUUCUCGCUGCCCACGCCCUGGGCUUGCACGUUUGA